AUGAUUGAUCCUAGUUCAAGUGAGGAAGAAGGGGAAGAUGACUCUGUUCCUAACGUUUCAUCAAAAGGACGUCUUACAAAUGCGACCAAAGGAACAAGUGCCGUUUCUAUAAUUGGAGGAUCUGCAGGAUCCGUUGUAGAAUCAAAUAUUCCUAUAUCUGGCUCUAAUACAGAUUUGAUCGGAAAUCAGAGACAAUCUAAUAUAAGUUCUAUUUGUAAACGCAACGAUGUCGGGAACAUUGGUGUAACAGCUUUAGGAUCAACCUCUAACAAAAAUGAGCAAAUAUGUGGCAGCCGAGCUGAUACCGGAAAUCUUGAGGUGCCCAGUAAUGGUAUUCCGAGUGGAAUUUCGCAUGAGACUUUAAAUCAAAGUGUUGGAUCGUCAAGGGCAAACUCAUUGCCAAGGCCAUUGUCACCAUCGCCAUCUCUAACCAGCGAAAAACAUGAAACUGGAGAGCCGCAUGACAAACAUGAACGUGAAGAAGAGGAACGUAAACGACGAAUUCAACUUUAUGUAUUUAUUUCACGAUGUAUUUCAUACCCUUUUAAUGCUAAACAACCCACGGAUAUGACUAAGCGGCAAACUAAAAUAAGCAAACAGCAGUUGGAAAUUAUAACUCAGCGAUUUCAAGCGUUUCUUAAAGGCGAAACUCAAAUAAUGGCAGAUGAAGCAUUUCAAAAUGCUGUGCAGAGUUACCAUGACGUUUUUCUUAAAUCGGAACGAGUUUUAAAAAUGGUCCAAUCUGGUGCAUCAUCACAGCACGAUUUUCGAGAAGUUUUUCGCAAUAAUAUAGAAAAACGUGUCAGAUCUUUACCUGAGAUAGAUGGUCUUAGUAAAGAAACCGUACUAACUUCAUGGAUGGCGAAAUUCGACAUUAUAUUAAAGGGUACUGGAGAAGAAGAUUCUAAGCGACCAUCUCGAAUGCAGCAAUCACUGAAUAGCGAGUUAAUUCUUUCUAAAGAACAAUUGUAUGAUAUGUUUCAACAAAUAUUGCUAGUAAAAAAAUUCGAGCAUCAAAUAUUAUUUAACGCCUUGAUGUUAGAUUCUGCCGAUGAACAAGCAGCAGCUAUAAGACGGGAAUUGGACGGUAGAAUGCAAAGAGUAGGAGAAAUGGAAAAAAAUCGCAAACUAAUGCCUAAAUUUGUACUCAAAGAAAUGGAGUCUCUUUACGUUGAAGAACUUAAAUCGUCUAUAAAUCUUCUGAUGGCAAAUCUUGAAUCUCUUCCAGUGUCAAAAGGAAAUAUGGAUAGUAAAUACGGACUCCAGAAAUUAAAACGUUAUAAUCACAGUACACCGUCGUUUUUAAAGUUGAUACUGCGAUCUCACGGAUCUUUAUCUAAGUUGGAGGGUGAUUCAGAGGAUGGUACCACACAAUUGACAAAGUUAGAUGUUGUACUAACUUUUCAACUGGAAGUAAUCGUUAUGGAAGUUAAAGGGCUUAAAUCUUUAGCUCCCAAUCGAAUUGUUUACUGCACAAUGGAAGUUGAGAACGGGGAAAAGCUUCAAACGGAUCAAGCCGAAGCAUCAAAACCAAUGUGGGAUACACAGGGCGAUUUUACAACCACGCACCCACUGCCAGUUGUCAAGGUAAAACUGUACACAGAGAACCCCGGAAUGCUGGCAUUGGAGGAUAAGGAACUGGGAAAGGUAACACUUAAGCCUACUCCACUUUCUUCAAAGUCACCUGAGUGGCAUCGAAUGAUUGUACCGAAAAAUCUUCCCGAUCAAGAUAUACGUAUUAAGAUAGCUUGCCGACUUGAUAAGCCAUUAAAUAUGAAACAUUGUGGGUAUCUUUAUGCCAUUGGGAAAUCAGUAUGGAAAAAAUGGAAAAGGCGCUAUUUUGUCCUAGUUCAAGUAUCCCAAUAUACUUUUGCAAUGUGCAGCUAUAAAGAGAAAAAAUCAGAACCGUCUGAAAUGAUGCAGCUUGAUGGAUAUACUGUUGAUUAUAUAGAAGCCGCCAGUGCAAAUCUUAUGUUUGGAAUCGAUUUGAAUGGAGGCCGUUUUUUCUUCAAUGCUGUUCGCGAGGGAGAUAGCAUUUCGUUUGCUUGCGAUGAUGAAAACGAAUGCAGUCUUUGGGUCAUGGCUAUGUACAGGGCGACUGGACAGUCCCACAAACCAACUCCACCAAUAACCCAAGAUAAGAAUUCAGCUAUGUCGAAAAUUCAAGGUGACGCAGAUAAAGCCCGUAAACAUGGAAUGGAGGAUUUCAUAAGCACCGAUCCUUGUACUUUUGAUCAUGCUACACUUUUCAAGACAUUACAGAAUCUUACACUGGAGUAUAGGCUCAACGACCCAUAUGCUUCUUUGGGGUGGUUUAGUCCUGGUCAAGUUUUCGUGUUGGACGAAUAUUGCGCUCGUUAUGGUGUCCGAGGAUGCUACAGACACUUAUGCUACCUUUCUGAUUUACUGGAUCGUGCCGAAAAACAAUACAUGAUAGACCCAACUCUAAUUCACUAUUCAUUCGCCUUCUGCGCGAGCCAUGUGCAUGGAAACAGACCUGAUGGAGUUGGAAGCAUAACACAUGAGGAAAAGGAGAAAUUUUCUGAAAUCAAAGAACGCCUACGUCAGUUACUCGAAUUUCAAAUAACCAAUUUCAGAUACUGUUUUCCAUUUGGUCGCCCCGAAGGUGCACUCAAAGCAACAUUGUCCCUAUUAGAGAGAGUUUUAAUGAAAGACAUUGUUACCCCCGUUCCACCUGAAGAAGUUCGUCAAAUGAUUAAAAAAAGUUUAGAGACGGCAGCGCUUGUAAAUUAUACGCGUCUUUCCAAUAAGGCAAAAAUUGAUGAGGAUUUGCGAGGAGACGUUAUUGUUCCGGCCCCAAAAAAACUAGAGGACCUAAUACACUUAGCAGAACUGUGUGUUGAUUUGUUGCAACAAAAUGAGGAACAUUAUGGAGAACUGCGCAAACAUGAAAAAAUGGAUAAAAAGAAAUUACUUAAGGAAGAUGAUGAUGUAUCAGGAGGACACAAUGAAAGCGAAGUUGAUUUAAUCGACAGUACUGGACUCAUUAGCGCAUCUGAACUGGCUUCUGCCGCAUCAACUGAUGGAUCGUCAUUUCGUUACUGUAUGCCGACUCAUGCAGUGUAUACCCCGCCAGUACCAACGGCAUUUGCAUGGUUUAGCGACUUGCUAGUGGAACACGCGGAAAUAUUUUGGUCUCUCUUUGCAGUUGACAUGGAUAGAGUCUUAUCAGAACAAGCUCCUGAUACGUGGGACUCUUUUCCAUUGUUUCAAAUAUUAAAUGAUUAUUUGAGAACUGAUGACAACUUGCGAAAUGGACGUUUUCAUCAGCACCUUCGAGACACUUUUGCACCUUUAGUUGUGCGGUAUGUGGAUCUGAUGGAGUCUUCAAUAGCUCAGUCAAUUCAUAAGGGAUUUGAAAAAGAACGAUGGGAAAGCAAAGGGAUUAACGCUGCUUUGAACCCUGCAGCAUUAAACAAUGCUGCCCAGGCGCUCAAUACAGCAGCUCUCAACCCAUCAAUGCUACUGUGCGGCAAAAAAGAUCAAGUAAAUUUUUAUGUACCGAAGCUACCAAAGCAAUCAAAUUCAACAGCGGCCAACGACGAAAUGAGAAACGGGUGUGCCACUUCUGAAGAUUUAUUUUGGAAACUAGACGCUCUACAAUCUUUUAUAAGAGACCUACACUGGCCAGACGCAGAGUUUCGACAACAUUUGGAACAGCGCCUAAAAAUGAUGGCAGUCGAUAUGAUAGAGCAAUGUAUUCAACGAACUGAUUCGUCCUUUCAGUCAUGGCUGAAAAAAAACAUUGCCUUCAUUUCAACUGAUUAUAUAUUACCCUCUGAAAUGUGCGCCAUGGUCAAUGUGAUAUUAGACGCUAAAAACCAAAGCUUUAAAUUAACUACUAUUGACGGCAUUGAUUUGUACAAGUUUCAUGCGAAAAUUGAUGACCAAAUCGACAAAGCGAAUGUAGCUAUGACACAAGGUCUAAGCGGUAAACUUAUGUCUGUGCUAGAGUCGACUUUGUCUAAGCUAGCACGAUACGAUGAAGGUAGCUUGAUUGGCUCAAUUCUUAGUUUUACAAAUGUUUCGAGCUCAGGAAAGGAUCUGGGGCAAGGAUACGUAAAUUUCUUCAGAAACAAUAUGGAUCAAGUACGAGGAAAGAUUGGCGACGAUUUGUGGACAUUACAUUUUUUUGAGCAGUGGUAUUCGCAGCAGAUUAAUAUGCUGUGUAAUUGGCUGUCGGAUCGGGUGGACCACGCGCUUCACUAUGCUCAAGUUGCAUCAAUUUCUCAUAUUAUCAAGAAAAUAUAUUCGGACUUUGAACUACAAGGUGUAUUGGAAGACAAGCUGAAUUCAAAAGCAUAUCAGGCAGUCGCACAGCGAAUGGCAACAGAGGAAGCAACAUGUGCAUUGACAAUGCCUGACGCUUGCGAAGAUGAACCGUGUGACGAAAUAAGAGAAGGGGAGGAAGAAGACAAUGGCGAUGAAUCUACAUCUAAUAUACCAAGGGGCUUACCAAAACCAAAAGUCGCUGCCGCCCAAGCUGCUGCUGUAACCAACGUGGUUGCCGGACGGGUGGGAAAUUUACUAGGAAAAGGCAUUGGUGGGCUUAGUUCAAAGUUAGGAAGUGGAAGUUGGUUUUAGACUUUACCAGUAUUUUAAAAUCAUUAUGAAAAUUAUACAUUUUUUAAAUUUCUCUCUUUAUUCAAACUUUUAUUAUUUUAUAUUUUUAAAAUGUAGGAUGCUAUUAACGAUAUGCAAUUUCACAUCCCUUAAACGUAUUUUAUUCCCUUAUCAAUAAGUUAUUAACACAGAAAAAGAAAACUUACUAGGCACAACUACAUAUGUCCAUUGCUUCUUGGUAUUUGAUAUAAAUUACUACCCAAUGUUAUUUUUACAUGUAACUAUUUAUUGAUUACUUAAUAUAAAAAAAACUUAUAAAUAUAAUAUUACAUUUAUCGUUUAACUUUAGAAUGAAAUAUCUAUAUAUAUACUUUAAAGGUGAAAGCAUAAUCUAAAUACACAUAUA